CUGGUAGUAGAGGGUGUUUAGUCUCUGGCCCGAUAAGAGUAUUCUAGCUUUUCGGACCACAGACCUUUGCUGCAAACAUGCUCCGCCAGAUCGUCAGCCAGGCUAAGAAACAUCCGAGUUUGAUCCCCCUCUUCGUGUUUAUUGGCGCUGGAGGUACAGGAGCAGCACUGUAUAUGAUGCGUCUGGCAUUGUUCAAUCCAGAUGUCAGUUGGGACAGGAAGAAUAACCCAGAACCCUGGAACAAAGUGGGUCCCAAUGAGCAAUACAAGUUCUACUCAGUGAAUGUGGACUACAGCAAACUGAAGAAAGAAGGCCCAGACUUCUAAGUCAAAUGCCUCACUAUAAAGCUGCUUAAAAUGAAGGUCUUUCAGAAGCCAUCCGCACAAUUUUCCACAGAAACAGGAAAUAUUUCUCCUCUGAAUGCAUGAUAUCAUGUUCAUUUGUUGGAUUUAUUACACUGAAUAAUAAAUCUCUGAAACUUGAUGUGUGUCACUGAUUAAUGCUAAAAGUCUGCUCUGAACUUUAUAAUGAGGAUGUGGAAAAUAAAUUUAGAAUUUAUAGAAUUUCUGUAAUUUCCUUGUAUUUGUGUAAUUGAAAAUGAAACUUUAAGCUGCUUAAAUAAAACUUU